CGGUGCUACACGUCACCAUUGGGCCUAAAAUGCCGAACCAGCAAACCAGAAUGUCAGAAAACAGCCAUAAAAUAACCAUUUCUUUCUCUCCUCAAAGCUCGAUCUCACAAUCCACAAUCCUUGAAUCCUUGAUAUCGCCACCCCACUUCAGGUGUUUGUUUUUUUGUCUUUCACGAAUUCUCUGCCUCACCAAACAAUCUUCUUCUGCAACAAAACUGCGUUGGAGUUUUCCUUCACAUCAAUGUCCUUCUUCGACAGAUUUAAAACCCAGUCUUAUGCUCCUUCUGGGCACGGCGGGUCAUAUGGGCACUCCGGGUUUCCACCCGGGACCCACCCGGAUGUGAUACGGAGCUUUCAGAUGGUGGAUAGGGAUAGGAGUGGUUUUAUUGACGAGAAUGAGUUGCAGCAAGCUCUUUCUUCUACGUACCAGAGGUUUUGUCUCCGGACUAUCCGCCUCCUCAUGUUUCUCUUCAAGAAUCCCCACGACCCACUAAGAAUUGGGUUCAAAGAAUUUGCUGCAUUAUGGAGUUGUCUUGGUCAAUGGCGGGCCAUAUUUGAGAGAUAUGAUAAAGAUAGGAGUGGCAAAAUUGACUUAUUUGAGCUGAGGGAUGCUCUCUAUGGCAUUGGCUACGCCAUCCCGGCUUCUGUUCUCCAAAUUCUGAUUUCCAAGUAUGACAAUGGAAGUGGAGGGAGGGUGGAACUCAAUUUUGACUGCUUUGUUGAAUGUGGGAUGAUUGUGAAGGGCUUGACGGAAAAAUUUAAAGAGAAGGAUCCAAAGUUUACUGGUUCAGCAACGCUUUCUUAUGACACAUUCAUGACAAUGGUCCUUCCUUUUCUUGUAACUUAUGAUUGAUUUGUGCUUAGAAAACAAAAAUAAACUUAUGAUUGAUAUGGUGUGAAAUUAUUUUUUGAUUUAGGUGAGAACUUGUAAAUUAAAAGUGAGUUUUGUUGAGCGUUUCUGUGUACAUUGAUACAAGCCAAACUACCCAUUGUGGGUCACCAGAUUCACGGUGCAGUUUUUUUAAUUAAGAUAUUUUUUGUAGUUUUAUAAAUUUUA